UGCAUUUUCCGAUAUCGAUUGUCGUCAAUAUUAUUGUUCGAAGACCGAUUUACCAAAUUGGUAAUACCAAUCGCUAUAUAGAAUAUAACCCGAUUUCUGUGGAGCUGCAGAGGAUUAGGUGUGUUCCAUGAGGUGGUUGUGAUAUAUACGCACGUAUCGUUUGUGGUGGACAAGAUGUGGAAACUGCUUCAGCGCUCUGGGAAUGCAGUUUCUGGACUUCCCAGGCGGUGCUCGCCUGGUUUUCCGGAUGCAGUGCGUCUGGCUAGCGGGCAGGCGGACCCGGCGGAUGAGCAGGUGCUGCGCAAGAGGAAAUUCAAGCCGCAACAGGCGGCGGACCUCAGCGAGGAGCUGGCCGGCCAACUGCCCACCAAAUCCCGGGUCGUCAUCUGCGGGGGUGGCAUUACCGGCGCCUCGGUGGCCUAUCACCUGGGUCUGAGUGGGUGGGGCGGCGAGACCCUGCUCGUGGAGCAGGAUCGCGUAAGUGGUGAGCUGCCGUGGACCGCCUGUGGAUUAGCGGGGCGCUUCGAGCCCAGCUACACGGAACUGAAGCUGGCCGAGUACUCGAUUGAUCUGAUUAAGCGGCUGGCAGAAAGCGGCCUGCCCACCGGAUGGCGGCCAGUGGGCAGCCUCAAUCUAGCCCGGAGCUGGGACCGUAUGACAGCCUUCAAUCGAAUGAAAUCCCAGGCUCUGGCUUGGGGCAUGCGUUGCGAAAUUCUCUCACCGGAGCAAUGUGCCCAGCACUGCGAGCUCCUGUCCCUCGACGGGAUUGAAGGUGGCCUGUGGAUACCCGAGGACGGGGUGUGUGACCCGCAGCUGGUGUGUCAGGCCUACAUGACCGAGGCCCAGCGACUGGGUGUCCGGAUUGUCGAGCACUGCGCCAUCAAGAAGAUCCACAGCGAGCACGGCAAGGUGAGGGGUGUGGAGACCACGGCUGGCGAUGUGGAGUGCGAGUACUUUGUCAACUGCACGGGCUUCUGGGCACGCGAGGUGGGCACCCUGUCCAAACCGGUGGUGAAGGUGCCCCUCAAGGCGGUGGAGCACCACUAUCUGCACACGAAACCCAUCGAGGGCCUCAGUCCGGACACCCCUUUCGUUAGGGACUUCGAUGGACGCAUCUUCUUUCGGGAAUGCGAGGGACACAUCCUCGCCGGCGGCUUUGAACGCGAGGCCAAGAUGGUCUACGAGGAUGGGGUGAUACCCCUGUCGCAGACAGCCCGCCAGCAUCCGCCGGAUUGGGACCACUUCCACGAGCUGCUAGACGCCCUGUUGCUGAGGGUUCCCUCCUUCAGAGAUGCCACGCUGGAUAGACUCACGAACUCCCUGCAGGUUUUCUCGCCCGACUGCAAAUGGAUCCUAGGAGAAGCACCAGAAAUACAGAAUUACUAUGUGGCCGCUGGCAACAAGACCAUGGGUGUGUCCGCAUCCGGAGGCAUUGGUCGCGUGCUCACCGAUCUGAUAACCAAAGGCUCCACUUACCUCGACCUGCACAUCCUGGACAUCAGUCGGUUUCUGGGACUGCACAACAACCGAAAGUUCCUGCGGGAUCGCUGCAAGGAGGCACCCGGCAAGCACUUCGAGAUCAACUACCCCUUCGAGGAGUUCCUGACCGGCAGGAACCUGCGCAUGUCGCCCAUUUAUCCACAGCUUAAGGAGGCGGGCGCCGUAUUUGGCCAGUCGAUGGGCUACGAGCGACCCAACUACUUCGAUCAACAGGACAAGCAGGAUGAAUUUGGUCUCCCGCGCUUCCGGAUUGCCCAAACGCGGACCUUCGGCAAGCCGCCGUGGUUCGACCACGUAUCCUCCGAGUAUCGGGCCUGCAGGGAGCGCAUUGGAAUCGCCGACUACAGCUCCUUCACCAAGUACGAUUUCUGGUCGAAGGGAAACGAGGUGGUGGACCUGCUGCAGUACCUCUGCUCCAACGACGUGGACGUGGCCGUCGGCUCAAUUAUUCACACGGGCAUGCAGAACCACAAUGGCGGUUACGAGAACGACUGCUCCUUGGCCCGACUCUCCGAGCGACACUACAUGAUGAUUGCCCCCACCAUUCAGCAAACGCGCUCCAUGUGCUGGAUACGCAAACAUAUGCCCGAUCACCUGAGGCCCAAGGUGAACGUGGCGGACGUUACCUCCAUGUACACGGCCAUCUGCAUCCUGGGACCCUAUUCGCGCAUCCUGCUCUCCGAGCUUACCGACACCGAUCUCACGCCCAAGAGCUUCCCCUUCUUCACCUACAAGGAACUGGAUGUGGGCUUGGCCGACGGCAUCCGAGUGCUGAACAUUACCCACACGGGUGAACUGGGCUACGUCCUCUAUAUUCCCAACGAAUACGCCCUGCACGUGUACUCGCGACUCUACCAAGCAGGCCAAAAGUUCAACAUACAGCAUGCCGGUUACUACGCCACCCGUGCCCUGCGCAUCGAGAAGUUCUAUGCCUUUUGGGGCCAGGAUCUGGACACCUUCACCACGCCGCUAGAGUGCGGACGCAGUUGGCGCGUCAAGUUGAAUAAACCCAUCGACUUCAUUGGUCGCAAUGCGUUGCUGAAGCAGCGCGAGGAGGGCGUCAAGCGGAUGUAUGUGCAGCUGCUGCUGAACGACCACGACCACGAGGUGGACAUGUGGUGCUGGGGCGGCGAGCCCAUCUAUCGCGAUGGAGUCUACGUGGGCAUGACCACCACCACCGGCUAUGGGUACACGUUCGAGAAGCAGGUCUGCCUCGGCUUUGUGCGCAACUUCGACGACGAGGGACGCGAGCUGGCGGUGACCAAUGAGUACGUGCUGUCCGGCCACUAUGAGGUGGAGGUGGCCGGUGUGCGGUUUGAGGCCAAGGUCAAUCUGCAUUCGCCCAAUCUGCCCACCAAGUUCCCGGAUCGGGAACGCGAAGCCUACCACGCCACGCGCGACAAGCCAGACCAGGCGGAUCUCCUGUCCUUCGGCGGCGGUUUGACAAUGGUGAAGGGCACUGGAACGCCAACGGACGGGCAUGGAUUGUAGGAAGUGGAGGAGCUGGGCUCCUGAGCAACAUCAUCUGCCAUCUGGCUGUGCCAAGCUAAGAGGCACUUCGUUCAUUUCUAGUUCAACUCGAGAGUCUCAAGCAAAGCGAUAUUAUUCGAUUUAGUACGAUAGGAAAUCGAGCGAAUAUGAGAUAGGCAAAUGGUUUAUAGCAACCAAAGGGAAAAGCUAUCAGAUAUACUUUUUCUAAUGUAUAUGAGGCACAAGAACUGGUCUCUUAGCCAACAAGAUAACUUUUAAAUGAGCAUUUGAUCC